AUGUCAAAGCGAGAACUGGGUGCGUUAGCCAUGGACGUUGAUGUCGGUGGACCGCGCGCCAAGCGCAGAAAGGACACAGUGACGCCCACAACGGGAGUGAACGAGGCAUCGGGAGUAUCCAGCCGCGUAACGGGGAUGAAUGGGGAGGACGUGGACAUGGUGGAAGCAAGCGGGUCGAAUGGGCAGGAGAGCGCGAGUGUUAAGGAGCUGGGACUGCAAGUGUGGCAUACCGUUAGAGAGGCGGUUAACAAGAACAAUAUCAUCCCAUCUCCUCCAUUUAUGCGCCUUCCACCCAAGCGUGUUUACCCUGAUUACUACACGAUAAUCUCGCAGCCCGUUUGCCUCGAUGACAUUAAGAAGCGACUUGACACCGCCAAGUAUCACACAUUCGACGAGCUCAAGGCAGACUUUGAUCUCUGCUUCGACAAUGCUAAGGAGUACAAUCUCAAGGGCAGUGAACUCUGGGAGGAUGCAAAGUUCCUCCAGGUAACGCUACCUUAUUGCUCAAGUUCUACUGGCAACUCACUACUUUACGUACAGAAAACAGUGCACAAGGAGCUUGGUAAAAUCACAGGUAAAAAGGAUAAGAAGCAAAAGAAAGAGGGCCAUGGUGAAGAGCAGGACGGAGAUGAAGACGAUGGACAGAAGAAGAAUAAACCUUCGACCAUGAAACGGCUCUUGAAGGCAAGACUACAGAAGCUCAUAGAGAAGACGAACGACGAGUACGCUGUAACCAUUAUCAACCAUAUUGACGAUGCCCACACAUCCACUGUAGGGGUCGCAUUUUGUCCAACGCGUUCAUGGAGCUCCCACCCAAGAAGCUCUAUCCGACUUAUUAUACGAUAA